UCACUUAUUACACCAGGAAUUUACUUGACAUUUUCUUCUCACGGCUGAAAAUACAAGGAGACCGCGACAAUGUCUGCACCUCCAAAUCCCACUUUGGCCUUCUCAGUUUUCAAGAUAUCUUUGCCUACAGGAUUCGACGUUUUGAGAACGUAUUCAGGAGUGUUCGUCUGCUUGGAGAUACUUUUUGGCGGUCUGGUAUGGAUUUUGGUAGCCGCUUCGAAUGUCCCAGUACCCCUCAUGCAGGGUUGGGUGAUGUUUGUUUCAGUUACCACGUUUAUGUUUUCAACCCUGUACCUAUUUUUGUUUCUAUGCGGCUUUGUUGAUAGAAUAAACACGGAUUGGAAUUUCUUGGACUUUGUUUACCAUUUUAUUGCCUUGCUGUUCUACUUUGGAGCCUCCCUACUUGAAGCUGCAACAACAGCCGCAGCUGGUGUUAUAGUACCAGUGAAUUCCACCUUCACCUCCAGCCCCACCCUCACCAUUGGAGCAUGUACUCUAGUGCUGCCACAAGGGAAUGUUGUCACCUUCUUAGAUUAUCGUCAGUAUAGCAUAAACGUUGCAGCAACUAUAUUGUCAUUUGUGGUGACAGCAUGUUAUGCCUGCAGUAUGUUGCUGGGAUUCAGAAGGUGGAGAGUGUAGUACUGCAUGACUCUUGCUGCACAUAUUCUAUACAAAACCAUUAUAGCUGGGAAACUAUGCAAUGAACAAAGCAUCUGGAUACAGAGUAUUGAACUAUUAUUUGUCUUUCCUUUUUUUUUUUUUUUACCACUCAAAGCCUAUCAGUGUCGUCUGACAUAUUUAUCAGGAAUAACCAGGAACUCAAAAUAAUGUACCGUAAAAAUCGUUUUAUAGGUCGCACCGGCUUAAAAGUCGCUCCCCCCUUUAAGACUUCAAUUGUAGGAAAACCUUUUUUGUGUUUAAAAUACUUUUUUUACAUUUUCUUUUUCCUACAUGCUCAACACCAACAAAUAAAGAAAG